UUGUCAUUCACUACUGUCACGUGGUGGGGAGCCGCUGCCGUUGCUUUGAUAUCGCGAAGUGGCCAAAACCAAAACGCUUGUUUUGCGUUUUCGCAUCGUUGUGAAUUUAUAUAAUUAUCGCGGAUUGCUACAAACUUUCUUAAUUUAUUAACUUAUCUCGUGCUUGUGUGGUGUUUUGUGAAAUUACGAUGGAUAUUGUAUAUUAGGCGUUCUCGUUUUGUGCUUAGUGACACACUUUUUUGUAUCCGAAGUUACAGUGAACGAUGACAAUGGACAAACAGCUGGUCUGGGUGCGCGACCCCAACGAGGGGUUUGUGCUGGCUCGCCUCCAGGAGCUGAUGGGGGAGGAGGCAGACGUGUUCCCCCUGGACAACAAGUAUCCACGCAGAGUGUGUAGCUUCGAGGACAUAUUCCCCGCUGGUGAUCCAGCUAAGGAUGUUGAUGAUAACUGCGAACUAAUGUUCCUAAACGAGGCCACGCUUCUCAACAAUAUCCUGACGCGAUACAAGAAAAACAAAAUCUACACAUACGUAGCGAACAUUCUGCUCGCCGUGAACCCCUACGAGGACAUCAAGGAUCUGUAUUCAUCUGGCACUAUAAAGAAAUACCAGGGGAAAUCGUUGGGAGAGCUGCCACCUCAUGUUUUUGCCAUAGCCGACAAAGCGUUUCGCGACAUGAAGUCGUUCAAACAGUCGCAGUCUAUAAUCGUGUCGGGCGAGUCAGGAGCGGGCAAGACAGAGUCUACCAAGUACAUCUUGAAGUACCUGUGCGAUUUGUGGGCGAAGGGCGCCGGCCCGGUUGAACAGAAGAUCUUGGAUGCCAAUCCGAUCCUAGAAGCGUUCGGCAACGCUAAGACAACGCGCAACAACAACAGUUCUCGAUUCGGGAAAUUCAUGGAGGUACAUUUCAACAACAAAUACCAAGUUGUUGGCGGGCACAUAUCCCAUUACCUCCUGGAAAAGUCUAGAAUUUGCACCCAGAGCGCUGAGGAGAGGAAUUACCAUGUUUUCUAUCUGCUGUGCGCCGGCGCACCGCAAGAGUUGAGGACCGCGUUGAAGAUUACCAAGCCUGAUGAUUAUUUGUACCUAAAGAACGGUUGCACACAAUACUUCACAUCGCCGGCGUCGGAGAAGAAGAUCUCAGCCAGCCGGAAGUCCAAACAGCAGACUGCCAAAGGCGGGUUAAGGGACCCAAUUCUUGAUGACGUUGAAGACUUUCAGAGACUGCAUCAGGCUCUAUCGCGCGUGGGUCUCACCGAGGAGGAGAAGCGGGGCGUGUACUCCGUGGUGGCGGGCGUGCUGCACCUCGGCAAUGUGGAGUUUGAAGAGGACGGUGGGGCGCGCGGCGGCUGCGGCGUGAAGCCGGGCUGCGAAGCUAGCCUGUGCGCGGCCGCCGCGCUGCUGGGCGUGGACGGCGGCGAGCUGCGCAUGGCGCUAGUGUCGCGGCUCAUGCAGAGCUCCCGCGGCGGGCUCAAGGGGACCGCUAUCAUGGUCCCCCUUAAAACGUACGAAGCUACGAACGCCCGCGACGCACUCGCCAAAGCGGUGUACAGCAAACUGUUCGAUUAUAUCGUUCAUCGCAUCAACGGAAGCAUUCCGUUCCAGGCGUCCGCGUAUUAUAUCGGAGUGCUGGAUAUCGCUGGGUUUGAAUACUUCCAAAUGAACAGCUUCGAACAGUUCUGCAUCAACUACUGCAACGAGAAGUUGCAGCAGUUCUUCAACGAGAGGAUCCUGAAGAACGAGCAGGAGCUGUACCGCCGGGAGGGGCUCAACGUGCCCGAGAUCAGAUUCGUGGACAACCAGGACUGUAUCGAUCUGAUCGAAAGUAAAAACCACGGCAUUUUCCACCUACUGGACGAGGAGUCGAAGCUGCCGAAACCUGAGUUUGGACAUUUUACACACUCCGUGCAUAAACAAUUGAACAGCUCGAGAUUGCAAGUCCCCCGCGCGUCCCGCCUGAAAGCUCACCGCACGCUGCGCGACGAUGAAGGAUUUCUGCUGAGGCACUUCGCCGGCGCCGUGUGCUAUAACACUAACCAAUUCAUAGAGAAGAACAACGACGCCCUCCACGCCUCACUGGAGUUCCUCGUCCAGGAAUCGAACUCGGCCCUCGUUCAGCAGCUGUUCAAGUCGUCGGACAACAACAACGCCAAAGGGAAACUCAACUUUAUAUCUGUUGGGGCGAAGUUCCAAUCUCAAUUGUCGCUGUUGAUGGAGAAGUUGAAGGAGAAUGGCACGAACUUCGUCCGCUGCAUCAAGCCAAACUCCCGUAUGACUGGCCGCGCUAUAGAGGGCGCUCUAGUGCUCACUCAGUUACAAUGCAGCGGAACGGCAGCCGUAUUGGAACUUAUGGAACAUGGAUACCCUUCAAGGGCACCUUUUAAUGAUCUACACCAAAUGUAUAACAACUACAUGCCGCCGAAACUGCAGGCGUUGGAGCCGAAGAUAUUCUGCGAGGCGAUAGUCCACAGCCUGGGUCUGUCGGACAAAGACUACAAAUUCGGCAUCACCCGUGUAUUCUUCCGUCCCGGGAAAUAUUCGGAAUUCGACACGAUCAUGCGAUCGGACCCAGAAAACUUGAAGAGCAUUGUGGACGCCGUUCUAGCUUGGCUCAUCAAGUCCAGGUGGAGACGCUCUAUAUUCGCUGUGUUGUCUAUUAUCAAGUUAAAGAACAAGAUACUAUACCGUCGGGAAUGUCUCAUUCUUAUACAAAAAAGCAUUCGAGGGUACCUAGUUCGAAAACAACACAGACCUAGGUACAAAGCUAUAGCGAAAAUAAGCGCGCUGCAUCACAACCUGAAGGACAUGGAGACGGUGACGUCACAGCUGAAGAAGGAGAAGGAGAGCGCGCAGAAGAAUAUAGAGAACUUGAGGAAAUCUAUUGCCAGUGCUGUUAUUGCUAUCAAGAAAAACGAGAAGAUUUCCCGCAAGGAGAUCGACCAGUUGUGCAACAAGUUGACCAAAGAUGUCGAGAUACAGAUGGCCGCUUUGCAAAAGGCUAUGAUCGAUCAGAAGAACAGAGAGGAGCAGGAGAGAUUGAAACGCAUCGAAGCGGAGAUGCGCGCCGCUGAAGAAGCCAAGAGGAAGGAGUUGGAGAAACUCCAGCAAGAAGAAGAACAUCGCAGACAGAAGGCGGAGUUGGAAUCGCGCCGCAAGGCGGAGGAGGCGGAGCGCGCCCGCCUCGAGCAGCGCGACCGCCUCGCCGCGCAGCAGCUGCAGCUGCAGAUGGAGGAGGCCGCCAAGCACGACCUGGAGAACAGGGAGAGACUAGAACAAGAGCGUAGAGAUCACGAUAUGGCGGUAAGACUGGCGAAAGAGACCAACGGCCACGUGGAAGGAUCACCGCCUCAACUGAGAAGUUCCGCCGGGGAGCAGCUCAAUGGCGAGCACAAGUUGAACAGGUCCGAAAGGGUAAGAAUGCAGCAAGCGAUGCAAGGCAAGCAGAAAUACGACCUCUCCAAAUGGAAGUAUUCGGAACUGCGAGACACUAUAAACACAUCGUGUGAUAUAGAACUUCUAGAGGCGUGCCGCCAUGAGUUCCACCGCCGGCUGAAGGUGUACCACGCGUGGAAAGCCAAGAACGCGCGCAAGAGCACCAUGGCCGACCAGGAGAGGGCGCCACAGUCCAUCAUGGAGGCCGCCAAAGCCCCCCGGCUGCCGCAGAAGGGCGACAUCCUGGGCGCCCGGCACCGCUACUUCCGCAUCCCGUUCGUGCGCGCGGGGAGCGGCGCGGGGAGCGGGGCGGGCAGCGGGGCGGAGGGCGAGCGGCGCGGCUGGUGGUACGCGCACUUUGACGGCCAGUACGUGGCGCGCCAGAUGGAGCUGCAUCCCGACAAGACGCCCGUUCUGCUGCAAGCCGGCGUGGACGACAUGCAAAUGUGCGAGCUGAGCCUCGACGAGACCGGCCUGACCCGCAAGCGCGGCGCCGAGAUCCUCGAGCACGAGUUCGAGCGGGAGUGGGCGCGCCACGGCGGCGGGCACUACGCGCCGCCCGACUCGCGGCCGCGCUAAUACCGCUGCUGUACGAGUAGAUAACAUUCCUAACGACUAGCAAGAAAUUAGACAAUAGCGAGGAAUCAAGAGAUUGAAGUAGCCAUGAUGACAUGAGAAGAUUCCAUUAUACACGAGAGUAAAUUAAAAUUAGUGCUUUUAAUGUGCCUUCACAAGGUUCCUAGACAUUAUUACAAUAUUUAUAGUAAGCAGUGAUUUUAGUGUUGCUAAACGCAAUAGCAAAAUUAAUAAGAAAUUUAUAUAUAUAUAAAAGAAAAACAAUCUAAUGACAAAAAAAUAUUUCUUUCGUUUUUGGCUCGAUAAAAGAGAUUUUGUUUGACUCCUCCAUAUUUUAAAUACCAAAAUAAAUAAAAAUAUUUUAGAACAAGCUAUCAGUGAAUUUAAAUAUAUUUUCGAUUAAUUUCUUUUUCGUCGGGCACUGUAAAGUAUAAAGAAAUGUCUGCUAGGUAAUUAGAAGCAGAGAAAUAUACAAAAAUAUGUUAUGAAAUGGUAAAUAUUUUUAACUAUACUUUAUGAAAUAACCAUCGAUUAAACCAAUAUCAUUUAUGCAGGCAAAUUCAUUUUUAUGUGAUCGAAUUUGGAUGUCGUGUAAAAAAAUUUGCUUAUUACGUUAAAUCGUUUUUACAGAUAAAUUGUACACAUAAGUCUUGACAGAGGAUUUUUAACAUAAUAAUGGUCUAAGUACAAUGAACUGGAGUUUAUAUUAAAUGAUAUUUAUUUAUACAUUAUAUUGAAAAAAAUGUAUAAGUAUGAUGUUGAGAUAGUGCAAUUAAGAUAGAAGAUAAUAUAUUAAAUAUUCCAACUUAUCAUCUUCAACUAAAGGUGAUAUACGUAUUUUUUGCUGUCAUUAUUUCACCUUUAUAAAAAAAACUAAUUUGUUUUCGUUUUUGGCCGUUUAUAUUAUUUAUUUCUUGGAUAUAUAACAAGUACACAAGUCAAGAAAGAAGUACAAUUUAUAAAAAUAGGGUGCUGGAAAAUAAUAUAUGAAGUACACAUCAUUAUACUUGAUUUUAUACAAAUAUGUAGCAUAGUUGAAUGUACUUUUGGUUGAAAAACUGUGAUUUUUAAAAAGGUAUUUAUGUAAAAUUAGGUUCAUAUUUAUUUUAUGAGGUUUGAGGGGAUAUUUUGUCAUUCCUGUAAAAAAAAGACUGGUCUAUGGCAGUUUUAUUUUUUCUUUUUUAAACUAAAGUAUUUUUAACAGUAUUUCCAAUAGAACAUUCCUUUUUUGAAAACAUUGUGUAUUAUUUUUAUAAUUUGUAUUUGAACUCUUUUGUUCACUAAAUUAAAAAAUCAAAAAUAAUAAAAAUUUACUAAUACAGGAUGAAUGCAAAGAGGUGCCUUUAAUGGUUGCUAUUUACAAAUAAUUUUAAUUCAAUGUGCCUACUAAAUUAAAAUACAUUCUAACUCAAAGAGUAUAUCUUAACACCUUUUUUAAUUAAUAUUGAGAACUCUGUACCUACGGCAAUAGUUUAAGGUCUUAUAACAUGGUAAUAUCCUUGGCAAUAAAUUUAAUUUUAUAUCUAAAAGCCUGGAUUACUGAAGUGUCAAAAUGGUAAAGGAUAAUAUCAGGGAAAUUUUUAGUUUCUGAUUCUUGCUUUUACUCUUAUAAAGUAGCUUCCAUUUUGUUUAUAGUUCAGUGGAUAAAACUUACUUCACUUUUGUCAAUCCUGUAAGCUAUGAAGUGACUUAGCAAUUUUUUGAGAACACUUUUAGAUAAGUAGGGACACUCUUUCAGUUGUAAAUAAUUUGUAGAAGUAAGCCUUGUUUGAUGCAGUCUAGUAUUUCACUUUGACCUACGGUAUUUGUCUUUGCUUUACCAAAUAAAAUAUUGAUGAACUA